GCGCUGCUUUUACGCAUACACAAUCGAACCCAAACAAAAAGAAACUGCGAUCAAUCAGCGGGCGAUCCGCGUUUCUCCGGUUCCGUACACCCGUAUCAAGCCCAUCGGAUCAGCGCACAACACACACAGCACACAAACAGCGGUGUGUGAGAGCCGACUCGAGCGAUGAUUCUCACCGGAGCCGCUCCGAAUCAGCGCGCGUUCGGUUCGGGUCUGUAGGAUGCGACGAGGGGGGGAAUUGCCACCAUGAUCAUCUGAAGACCCGAAGAGCAUCAGAAGUACACAAAGAGAAGCAACUUUCCUCUGCUUGUUACGGGAGAAACGGAACCGAUCCGGUUCGGCUGGAGGGUGGGAUUAGCAUUAGCUUUAGCAUGACAGCAGGGAUGCGCUGAUUCUGACCCGUUUCAUCAUCUUUUCACAGGCUAGCGGAUGUUACGGCCGUCUCCAUGGAGUUUUCUCAGAUGACACGUCUGUUCAGGGCUCAGGGACUUGGGGCAUGUUGACUGCUGUCCAUCAUCCAGCACAGCGGCGUCUAGCAGGAGCCGUCUGGACCUGAAGGAAGACCUUCAGGAGAGGAAACACGAAUACAAGAUAGAGAGUGCGUGAAAGACAUGGGUCAGUGUGUGACUAAAUGUAAGAACCCCACAUCCUCUCUAGGCAGCAAAAGUGGUGAAAAGGAUGCUGGGAAAAAGAAAGGCGGAGGCACGGGCGGCUUGCACAAGGAGGAAGUGUGUGGCAAAUCCUCGGCCGAUGUCAUAUUCAACGGCACCAAAGUGUCAGAGGUCACCGUGGAGAGCGCCGUGGCUCCGCCCAGAUCAGCGGGAGACGUACGGCGGGAGUCGACGGUGCAGGACGGGGAUGGCGUGUCCCUCGCUCGGAUCGAAGAGAUGUUCCUGCAUUAUAAGGACGAGCACGAAGAUGCCAUCUUGGAGGAGGGGAUGGAACGGUUCUGCAUCGAUCUGUGCGUCGACCCGGCCGAGUUUAAAGUUCUGGUGCUGGCGUGGAAGUUCCAGGCUGCUACUAUGUGCAAGUUUACAAGGAGGGAGUUUGUGGAUGGCUGUCGGGCGAUUCACGCCGACAGUAUACAGGGGAUCUGCUCACGUUUCUCCGUGCUGCUAGAGGAGUCCCGUGGAGAGGAGAGCUUCAAAGAUCUUUACCGUUUCACUUUCCAGUUCGGUCUGGAUGCCGAGCAGGGCCAGCGCUCUCUGCAGCGCUCCAUCGCCAUCGCUCUGUGGCGGCUCGUCUUCACGCUGGACAUGCCCCCGGUGCUGGAGCGUUGGCUGGACUUCCUGUCGGAGAACCCGUGCAGCGUGCGCGGCAUCUCUCGUGACACCUGGAACAUGUUUCUGAACUUCACGCAGAGCAUCGGCCAGGAUCUCAGCAACUACAGCGAGGAUGAGGCGUGGCCCAGUCUGUUCGACUCAUUCGUGGAGUGGGAGACGGAGAGACGCAGACGAGAACGACCGGAUGGCGUAGACGCUGGGAGCGGAGAGGGCGACGUCAUAGAGACGGAGUGCAACACGGACUGUGUGGGCACGUCGAUGUGGGCGGGACCUUGAGAGUUUUAGGUUUGGGGGGGGUAUGGUGGUGAAUUCUGGACUAUGACGUGCGGAGAUGUUUCUGAGCCUGUCAUCCUCCAUCCUAAUUUGUGACUAUUAUUAUAAUUAUUAUGAAAUUUUUGGUCUUAUUGCAUUGGAUAUCCCAGUGCACUCUUGGACUUUUGUUUUAAUGAAAGGGCUCCAAAUUAAUUGUUUUUAAAGCACUUUUAUUUAAGUUAUUGGUUUGUUUUUUUGCCAUUGUUUUUUAUUUGUUUUAACGUUCACAUUUCUUGCACCAUACCUCCAGAGUGCUUUUUAUGGAGAUUCGCCCUUGCUCAUAUUUUGGGACACGCCAAAGAAAAGGGAACCCUGUCAGCUGCCUACGAGCUUGAAUACGCACACAUAUGUGCAAAAAAUACAACUCCUGACACACACACUAACACACAGACACCAGCAUAAACGUUGUACGGGACGCUCAGUUUUAGGUGUAUUUGAACGGUUAUAUUCAGUUCUCAUGUGGUUUGGGGGUGUGUGAUGAUUCAGAUGGUGGUGAUUCUGUACUGAAGCCCCUUAAAACCUCAUUUCUCAUGUGCUUCCUGCUCAGUUAAAUUUCAUUUUAUUCCUUAACAUUCAUGUGUCCCUUGCAUUCAUCUUCUUGUAUAUUCCCAUCAGUCAUGUUUGUGUUUGUUUGUUUGUUUGUGUGUGUGUGUGGGAAAUACAGGUUUAUUUGCACUCGGAGGUAUGCUUUUUCUUUUUUUUUCUUUUUUUUAAUUCAAAAUGAUUUCAUUUCAGUCUUUUGUGUCUGGUUUUAUAUAAAUGAAACGGUUUAUAAUGAAUAAAAAUG